GGAGAAUGUUGAAAGCUAAAAAAAUAUUUAUGUUUUUAUAUUGAAAUUCUGAAAUUGUAUAAAGCAGUAAAAUGGAGUUUACAGCAGAUAAUUUAGAAAAAGCGGUUACUUUAUUUUAUCGAACUGAAGCUCAUCAACAAGCAGAAGCACAUCAGUGGUUAACAGAAGCUCAAAAUUCUCCUCUAGCAUGGAGUUUUGUUUGGGAACUUCUCAAUCCUCAAAGAAGUUCUGAAGUUCAAUUUUUUGCUGCUACCACACUUCACACAAAACUUAUGAAGCAUUGGAAUGAAAUUCCCGAAGAUCAUUAUGAAUUGUUAAAGAAGCGAAUUUUAGAUUCCAUAAUUAGUUAUGCCAGUGGCCCAAAAAUAAUUUUAAAUCGCCUUUGUAUUACGCUAUCUGCUUAUAUAAUUCAUACUGUACCAACACACUGGCCGAAAGCAUUUGAAGAACUAGUAUCAAGCUUUCAACCGCAAUAUCUACCAAAUGUUGAACCAGAGAGAGUAAUUUGGAUAUUAUUAGAAAUUCUAACUGUGAUACCUGAAGAGUUUCAAAGAACAACAUUGGCAUUGAACCAGAGGAAUAGAGUCAGACAAGUUCUUCAGGAUGUUUCAAAGGAUAUAUUAACAGUCGUGGAAAUGUGUUUGAUGCCCAUACCUGCUGCAGGAUUUAACAUGGGUAACUUAACAACUUAUCUGAAUGCUUCAAGAUGUGCUUCUGCAUGGAUACAAUUGGGAGGUCUAAAUAUGGAUGAAUGUAAUUCAGUGAAUAACCUCCUCAUUGAUCUUACAUGUUAUGUUUAUUGGAAUAAGUCUGAUCCAGAAGGUUUAUCUGGUGAUGAAAUGGAUUUGAUGGAAAUAACAGUAGAAGCUCUUACAGCAAUUUUUCAGCAUCCUCACACCCACAAGUAUAAAAAUCAUGUGUUUAAAUAUGCAGCUCAAAUACUUCACAAAUUCGAUAAGAUAUUGGAUGUGGAAAGGAAUCAGCAGGAUAUGAAUAAAGAUGUUGUAGCUACAUUAUAUGGUUUAGUAAUAGCUAUUGGUGACACUCACUCCAGAGUUUUUAUUGACAAUUUAAAAUCACAAGAUCCUGAAGCACAACGAGUCUGCUUUGAUUUGUUAAAUUUCGUACUGAAAUGUUCAAAUUUACCUGGUUUUUAUCCCAUAGACGAGUCCAGCAGCACACUUACUUUUGGAUUUUGGUACACUUUGCAGGACGACAUAAUUUCUUUGGAAGCUCCUGAAUGUGCCUCCCUCAUUCUGACAGUAAAACCGUAUUACAGAGAUUUAGUCUGUAUAAUGUUGAGGAAAUCAAUGUUUCCAUUAGUAGAUGACAACAACUGGAGUUUAGAUGAUAAAGAAGUAUUUAGGUGUUACAGACAAGACAUAGCCGACACAUUCAUGUAUUGUUACGUAGUCCUGAACUUGGAAAUGUUGGAUAUUUUAAUGACGAAACUGACUGAAGCUUUGAGGACAAACAAUUCAACUGUACCUGUUCAAUGGAACGAAGUAGAAACCGUCCUUCAUGCUUUUGGAGCUGUCGCUGAGAGUAUUGAAUAUGAAAACCUUUAUUUGCCCAAAUUGAUGACCACGAUAAAGAACAUACCAUUUAACGAACUACACAUAAAGGUUAUGGCCACUGCUUUAGAAACUGUAGGUGCCUUUUCAGAAUGGUUUAUGGAUCAUCCGGACUUACUGGAAAAUAUUUUUCCAUUAGUACUCUCGGGAUUGGGCAAUCCUGAAGUAUCAACCAGUGCCACGAUGGCAUUAAAAGACAUAACCCAAAAUUGCCAAAAAUACCUAGCGCCCUUUGGUGAACAUAUUCUAAUUGCUUCACAGACAGUAUUACAAAGUGGCAAUCUAAAACCCGCAGAGUGUCGAAGACUGAUGUAUAGUAUAGGACGAGUAUUAAGUACGUUACCAGUUGAUAGGAUAAUGACUUACCUUAAUAUGAUAUUAGCGCCAUCUUUUGAAGAUCUUCAAAAAUACAGCGAAGCUGACCCAACGCCAGCAAUAAGCAAUUCUUUGGUGAUAAGACUGAGGCUGAUUGCAGCUCUGUUUAGUUCGUUGAGCAUCGAAAGCGGAGAGAAGAAAGUAGAGCAGCCAAUUUUAGUUGUAAUGCAAAAGAUGAUGCCAAUCUUUAGGAUAAUUGGAGAGAAGUAUUGUAGGAAUGUAGAAGUUAUCGAGGAUUUGAGUGUAGUUUUCAAAUGUGGUGUAAGCACUCUAAAGGAUGAUUGCAAACCUUUAAUAAAUGACAUUUUGCAACUAAUAGUCACAAUAUAUAGAGAAUGUCUGCAGUCUAAUAUACUAAAUGUAGCAAAAACUGUUUUAAUACUGUUUGGUAGAGAGGAUGAGUUCUGUAGAUUAAAUCAGCAACUUCUUUACGAACUUACCAACACAACAAUGCAAAUGUGCGCCCAAUAUAAUACGACCAAUCAACUUUCAGAGAAGUCUGACGUCCUAGAGGGUUUUUUUGGAAUGUUGGCGGCUCUGGCUAAAAAAGUACCUCAACUACUUACCUCGUGCGGUGUAGAUAUUGCUGCUCUCUUUCAAUGCGCUAUCCUCUGUCUAGUGUUACCAGAAAUUCAAGCUGUGAAGCAAGUUUCAAGUUUUUUAGUACAAUUUAUAUCUCAAAGUAGAGAAACGUCCCUCGCUCAAGUGAUACAAGCGUAUGGUGAAAGUUUAGUUUUAAGGAUACUCAUGAAUUUAGGAAGUACAGCCCCCAGAACCUCGGUAGACAUUUUUAGUGAUAUUUUAUUAGCUUUGAAUAAAAAAUACUGUGAUAACCUAAGUAGGUGGUUAAACUCUCUUUUGGCCCAAGACGGAUUUCCAUCUCCUAGAAUUACUGCGUCGCAAAAAGAAGCAUUUGUUAAGUCAAUUUUAAGAGAAAAAACCAGUAAAAGAAGAGUAUGUGAUACAGUUUUAGAAUUUACGUUAAUAUGUCGAGGGAUACUUAAACCGGAAUAAGCACGAAUAAAAUAAAAGCUUUAACUUCCAGUGGAAUCAAAAUUCCGUCAUCGUCGUCCAUGUAUCCAUAGUAGUCUGCAUCAAUGUCUUUCAUUAGUUCUGCUCUACUUUUCCUUGGAGGAGGAGGCGGUUCCUGCUCAAAAAGUUCUCGAACACCUUACAAACAAGCAAGUUUAAUGGUUUGAAAAAUCUUCAAGUGAAU